UACUCUAUGGUGUUCAAAAAUUUUCUUGGCAUAUUCCACGUGCUAUAUUAAAUUUAGCUUAUUGGCAAAUAUUUGGUGAAUUAGAAGUUCUAGACGAUAUUGAAAAAAACUAUGAAAUAACUGGUUAUGUUGUAUUUAUAUUAUUAAUUGCUUAUAUGACAGUAGCAAGUGUUCUUUUAAUUAAUCUUCUUAUUGCUAUGUUUAGUAAUACAUUUGAUCGUUUACAAUUAGAUACAGAUUGUAUAUGGGAAUUUCAACAUUACUCAUAUGUAUGUUAUCAUUUAACUCUUCCAUCACUUUCUCCACCAUUAAUUAUAUUUUCACAUAUUUAUCGUGUAAUAAUUUAUAUUUUUUCACAUAAAUUUAAAAUUGAAUGGUUUUAUCAAAAAUAUAUUCAACAUACGAAUCGAUCGAAAUUUAAAAUAAUUGCUGAUGAAAUGUUAACAAAAACAAUUGAAUCUAUUGAAGAUGCUUUAGGAAAUGAAGUUUAUUUUUUUUCAUUAAAAACUGAUCGAAAACAAAUUAAUCAAUCAACUGAUUUAAAUGAAGAACGAGUACAUUCUCCACAAGAAAUUCUUAUAAAUAAAAUUAAAACACUUGAAAAUCAAAUUCAAAUAAUACAAAAUCAACAAAGUAAUAUGUUUCAAUAUUUGGAAUAUUUAAUGAAUGGAAUCAAAAAAAUUGGUGGUGAUGAUAUUGAAAUGCCCAAAUUAUUAUAUCAAAAUUCUGAAUUACUUUAGAUUCAUAUUAAAUGA